GUUUAAAUCAAACUAGGUGAUCUUAAAACGCAGUUAUAAACGAACUUUUACCUUGAAUAUAAUCAGACGACAUGUCUUCAAGACGUAGAUUCAACAAGAAGAACGCACAAACCUUUUCCGUGGUGCAUAGAGCACACGAUGAUGCUUUGUUUUAUGACAAUGAAGCCUCAGAGCAUGUUUUAGUUCCUGUGAAGGGAGGAAAUCAAGCCAAGAAAACUGCUUAUACUCCAACAUUUGAACGUAAGAAGAAGGUCUUCACUACUGAAGACAUAGCGGAGGAUGUAGGCAAAGAUGUCAGAGAGAAUGAAGGUAUGGCAGCUCAAUUUGGGAUCUAUUACGAUGAUUCCAAGUACGAUUAUAUGCAGCAUUUGAAGCCAAUAGGGAAGACUGAUGGGGUAUUUAUUGAAGCUGAUAGUAAGAAGAACAAUCCAGCUGUGGCUGGAAAGAAGAAGACUGCAGCCAUAGAAGAUCUUUUCCAAGGACAAUUACCUUCCGAAAGGAAAACUAAAGUCACAUAUGAUACAUUUCAAAACAUCCCUGAAGAUUUAAAAGGGUUCAAUCCAGACAUGGAUCCAAGAUUGAGAGAAGUCUUGGAAGCCUUAGAAGAUGAAGCUUAUUUGGAAAGAAGGGUAGAAGGUACCGAUGGUGGAAAUGAAGAUGCCGAUGGCCAAGAUCCUGAAGAUUAUGCCGAUAAUGAUGAUGAUCUCUUUGCCGAUUUGUUGGGAUCUGGAGAAGUCGACGAAUAUGAUGAGGAAUACUAUGGAGAAGGUGCAUAUGAAGAUGAAUACGACGAAUGGGAUCUUGACAAUUAUGAAGAUGAAUAUGCCAAAUAUGAUCGAGAUGAGGAAUAUGCCGAAGGGUAUGAAUUACCAUAUAAUGAAGGUGAAGCUCCAGAAGAACUCGUUGACAAUGCAGGUGAAGCUGCUGGUCCUGGUGUUUCCUUUUGGGAGAAGGAUUUCAAUAAGUUCAAGGCUGAAAACCGUAAUAAGGAAAAUGAUUGGGAUUCUGACAAUGAAUUUGAAGAUGAAGAUGACUUUGUUGGUGAACUUCCUUCUACUACCGCUGGGACCGUUGUAGGUGGUGCCGCAUCUGCCUCGGCUGCUGCAUCUUCGAAGAAGAAGUCCAAAUCGAAGCUCAGAAAGAAGAAGGGAGCUAUGUCUGAUACAUCUGCAUUCUCUAUGUCUUCUUCCGCAUUGUUCCGUACUGAAGGUUUGACUCUUUUGGACGACAGAUACGAACAAUUGGCUAAGAAGUUUGAAGACAACGAUGAAGAAGAAGAAGAAGAAGAAGAAUACCAAGAAUUUGACAUGUUGCAAGAAAGAGGAGAUUUGGAAGGUAUGUUAGAUGAUUUCUUGGACAACUAUGAGUUGGAAAAAGGUGGAAGAAGAUUGGUAAAGAAGGAUAUGGAGAAGAAGAAGCUUCAAGAAGCUGCAGACUCUGUUUCCAAGGGUAAGGUUGCUGCCAAGAGAAAGAAGGAAAAGGAAUUAGGUGGCUUAGGCAAUUCAUUUGGAGCAAUGUCUCUUAAAUAGAUAAUAGAACAAUAACGUAA